GAGGGUGGCAAUCCUGCCAACGCUGCUCCUACGAAUCGGAGUCAUAGCACUUCUUUGUAAACAAGAUGUCCAAUGUCGGAAAGAUCCGCCUGAAGAAUUUUGCGGAACUGGCGACAACUGCCAUAAACGUGGAUGAAGCUCCUCUGCCGGCCAUCAGCGAAGACAAAACCCCGGAGAAGAAAUGCGCGGGAAAAACUCGACGUGCAGCAACCACGGCAAGAAAAUGCAAGGCAAACGGAGAACCAAAUGAUGGUGUAAUUCUUCCCAAAACCGCCAUCAAACGCUCGUCCAAGAAGACGCCGCUACCCGGCCAAAUGCUCAUUGACUCCUUCUUUAAGAGCUCUGCCAAGAGUUACAAAGUGGAAAUGGCGCCGCUGUCGACUGCGAAGGCUGUGGUUAAACCUCUUGCCAAGCGAAAGGGAGCUGCCAAAGGACGCAAGCGCCUUUUCGACGAGUCUAUGGAUACGUGUGAUCGGAAGCCGCCGGAAAAGCGUGUGCAGCCUGGACGAAAGGCGAAGGGCAAGGAAAAUGCAAUCCAUGACGACAUGGAUGUGAUCGAUCUUUGCUCCGAGGACGAAAGCGAGAAGACCAUCAAAAAGGAGUCAUCCACGAAAGUCGAAGUCGCCCGCAGUCCGGCAAGGGUGGCGAUGCCUGCAGAAACUACUCCCAAACGAACGAAAUCCACAAUCACACCAAAAACCUCUUCUAACACCCCAAUGGUUGCGACUCCAACCAAUUUUAGCAGUCCAGCAAGACCUACAAUGCCAGCAGAAAAGAGCCCAUCGGUCUUCAACAAAAGCUCGUCUAAUACGUCAACUUUAACAGUACCCAGGGAAAGUCCCAUUCCUAGUUCCAGUUCCAGCACCACAACUGGACGCAAGAAAAGAAAGCCAAAACCCUGUCCGCCCUACAAAAUUGUUGAAGGUACUACGUUCUGCGUGGAUGGCUUUCAGUUUGGAGAUUUAGAUGGCGUCACUCAUUACUUCCUCAGCCACUACCAUGCGGACCACUACAUUGGCCUAACCAAAACGUUUUCGCAUCCACUCUACAUGAGUCCCAUCACUGCGCGCCUGGUGCGAACAUUCAUCAAACUCGAUGAGAACUACAUCAAGGAGAUUGAUGUGGACCAAUCACUGAUGGUGGAUGACGUGGAAGUGACCGCUAUAGAAGCUAACCACUGUCCAGGAGCCCUCAUGUUCUUUUUUAAACUGAGCUCCGGCAAGUGUAUUCUGCACACUGGUGACUUUCGAGCUAGUGCCGACAUGGAAUCCCUGCCGAUAUUCUGGAACCACAUUAACAUCGAUCUGCUCUACCUGGACACGACGUAUAUGGACAAAAACUACGACUUUUGCCACCAGACAGACAGCGUCGACCGCACUGUGGAGUUAGUGCGGGCAUUCAUGGAAAGGAACCCAGGCAAGCGAAUCUUGAUUGUCUGCGGAGCCUACGUCAUUGGCAAGGAGAAGAUCUGGCUGGCACUGGCUGAGGAGUUUUCCCUGAACGUCUGGACAGAACCACAUCGCAGCGGGGCAGUCAGCUGCUUGCAAUGGCCGGAGCUGCAGUUCAUUCUAACUGAUGAUCCCCGUGCAGCCAAUCUGCAUGUGAUUGGCCUGGGGAAAAUCAGCUACCCGAGUCUGGUCGAGUACUUUAAGCCCUUCGAGGACCAAUACGACAUGCUGCUGGGCAUUCGGCCAAGCGGAUGGGAGAAGAACAGCAAGCCGUCGUAUGGGAAGCGGAUCAGUACCAUUGGCAUUGAGUACUCAGAGCACUCCAGCUACAAAGAACUCGAACGAUUUGUUCGCUUUCUUAAGCCCAAGCGGGUAAUCAGCACAGUUCCUGUGGGUCGCGAUCUCUUUGUCACCGGUGAAGUGCCCACCAAAUGGUAUCAAUAUAGAGGCAUUGCCUCCUUGCUGAGCACUGGCUAUCAGCCAUCCAUAUCCACUUUUCUAACGACACCAGGUCGACGCCCAGUUGCUCCACAGGUGUCAUCAGAAAAUGAAAUGAUCUUAAGUCCAAUGGAGGCGGUGGAGAAGAGCCUACCAACGGAUUGUGUGACCAUUUCUGAAAGCACUUCGGAGUCCGAAAUUGUCGUUAGAAACGAAGCUACGCCACCAGAAACGGAAGCAAACGAUGGCAACGAUGAAACUCUGCAAGCAAACAAUUCUUUGUUGUUAGAAAUAGAAAUAAAAAGCGAGGGCCCGGAAGUAGACUCCGAGUCCAAGGAGCCACCCAUCCCAACAGAAGAUGAAGCGUGCUGUGAUCCUGGGGAAACUAAGAGGGUGGCAGUCUCCAAGAACAGUGCUUACCCAAGUGAAAAGGACAGUCCUAAUGGGGCAGUCUUUGCUAGCAGAUUGACCUCGGAUGCCUCGGAUGAUUGGCUUUCGUAUUUAUAGCAGUUGCUUCUGAAUUUUAUAAGCUCUUUAAGCUGCGUGCAGCUUUAUGUUAAGAUGUUUGUUGAUUUUAUAAUAAGCUCAGGAAAAUCUGUAUAAUUUCUGUUGAUUGAAUGUUAAUGUAAGAAAGGCCUUUUGAUAUACAUAAACGUACACUUUAAUAUAUAUGUAUUUUUAACUUCAUAUUUUAUAUAUUUCCAUAUGGUGGGGCUGCCCUACACGGGUGCAGGAUGCUCCGUACACUAAAAUAAAUUAAAAUAUAGUUUAUAAAAGGAAACCAACUAAAUGUACAAUAUUAAUGCGAAUAACAAUGGACACACUACAUUGGCAAGGACGCCCCGAGUGCUAACGAAUGUAUGUAUAUAUGAAUUUUGAUUACUCCACUGAUAUGCUUGAUGUAUAAUAAUAAUAUUUAAAUAAUAACCAAAAAUAAGCGCUUGAGCGUG